AUGGAAAUGAUCGGAAUGCUCUAUCAUGAUCUUCAACAAAGAGUGUUUGAAAUAUUAAAAAAAAAAAUUAAACAGAAAAGUCAAGAAUCAUCAACUUUUAGUAAUAUAAAUUUGGAAGAUAUCAGUAUUGACAUUCUUUUUGAAGAAUUCGAUGGAGAUGAAGUUUUACAAAUUGAUGUUAAGUUACUGGAAGAUAUUAAUAUGGAUAAUAAUGAUCUAGUAAUAGUGGAAUUUUUCGAUAUUAGAACCUUUGAAGAACAAACUAAAACUGAAGAAG